UUAUUUCAAGGUAUAAUCUAUACUAUUGUCUCCCCAAAUAAUUCUUUGAAUGACUCUACGACGCGGUCCCUUCUUGCAGUGCACCGGCCUCAAUCCUCCCCUCUUUGCAACCUCUCACACACCUCUCUCAUAAGAAUUUGAUUCCACUGAUCCACCACCGCCAUCAUGCCGACCGCCGCACGAGACAUCCCCGAACGCAAUGGAAUGGACGCAGACUCCCUCGCCCGCACCGUGUCAGCCUCAUUCAGCAACAGCUACUCCACCAGCCCGACCUUGAACUACCACAGCCCGAAUGCAAGCUAUGGCGGUGCACCGAAAGCUUCAUACAAACAGCUCAAGCCAUUCCACACACAAGAUGUCAAGGUCCUGUUAUUGGAGAACAUCAACCUCACUGGACAGGAUAUCUUGAAAAAGCAGGGCUACCAAGUGGAGGCGCUGAAGAGUGCGCUGCCGGAGGAUCAAUUGAUUGAGAAAAUUCAAGAUGUACAGGUCAUCGGUAUUCGGUCAAAGACACAACUGUCGGCAAACGUCCUGAAGCAUGCGAAGAAUCUCAUCGUCAUUGGAUGUUUCUGCAUUGGAACGAAUCAAGUCGACUUGAAGUAUGCAGCAGAGCAGGGUAUUGCCGUCUUCAACUCGCCAUUCAGCAACUCCCGCUCCGUGGCUGAACUCAUGAUCGGAGAGAUCAUCGCGCUGGCACGACAGAUUGGCGACCGCAGCAAUGAGAUGCACCAAGGCGUGUGGAACAAGGUCUCGGCUGGAUGCUGGGAAGUAAGAGGAAAGACACUGGGGAUUAUCGGAUACGGACACGUUGGAGCACAACUUUCCGUCCUGGCGGAGUCCAUGGGUAUGAAGGUCAUCUACUACGACGUGGUCAACAUGAUGGGACUGGGUACCGCUCGUCUGGUACCCACCAUGGAUGCUCUCCUCGAAGCCUCCGACUUUGUCACGCUCCACGUGCCAGAGCUCCCCGAGACAAAGAACCUGAUCGGCGCAAAGGAGCUCGCAAAGAUGAAGAACGGCUCCUACCUCCUCAACGCCUCACGAGGCACGGUAGUCGACAUUGAAGCUCUCAUCGGCGCCAUGAAGAGCGGCAAGAUCGCCGGUGCGGCUCUUGAUGUCUACCCGAACGAACCAGGCGGCAACGGUCCCCACUUCAACGAACAACUCAACAGCUGGGGCAAGGAGCUCUGCGCACAGAAGAACCUCAUCCUCACUCCUCACAUCGGCGGCUCCACCGAAGAGGCCCAAGCAGCGAUUGGAUCCGAAGUCGCCGAAGCGCUCGUUAACUACGUCAACUUCGGAACGACAAACGGAGCUGUCAACAUGCCUGAAGUCGCCCUUCGCUCACUCACGAUCAACGAGUCGAAUCAUUUGCGUGUGAUCUACAUCCACAAGAACGUGCCGGGUGUGCUGCGUCGUGUCAACGAGAUUCUGGGCGAUCACAAUGUCGACAAGCAGAUGACGGAUUCGAGGGGCGAUGUGGCAUAUCUCAUGGCGGAUAUCUCGAACGUCAAUGUCUCGGAGAUCAAGACGUUGUAUCAGAAUCUGGAAGAUCUUGGCAGCAGGAUCCGGACGAGGGUGCUGUACUAGAUAUGUGUGGAGGGCUGGGGGUCUUGGGUCAUUGGCUUGUUGAUGAUACGGCGUACCACAGGCGCAUCGAAAAGUUUACACGGAUAGACUGAGUGAUACACCUCUAAUUUUAGACGGAUG